AUGAAGGCUUUUAUCGCAAUCCUCUUUUUGACUGCUACGGUUCUCGCUGAACCGAGCAAAGUCGUCCAAAAGCGUAGCGGCCUGGUGGGUCAUUACGGCGGGUCUAUAAUUUCCCAUGGAUACGGCGGCGGUCUCGGCGGUGGCUACGGUUACAGUGGGGCACUGGCGUCUGGAUAUGGUAUUGGGUCUGGCGCUGGCUUUGGAGGUCUGGCUUUGUCUUCAGGAACUAUUGUUGGCGCAGACGUACAUACAACUGUGACGAAGCAUAUAGGAGUCCCUGUACCUGCGCCAUAUCCAGUUGCUGUGGAUAGGCCCUACCCUGUACCUGUUAAGGUAGCCGUUCCCGUACCAGUAGACCGCCCCUACGCCGUUGCAGUCCCGAGGCCCUACCCCGUGACAGUGGAGAGGCCAGUGGCUGUGCCAGUCGACAGACCCGUACCCGUAGCCGUCCCUCAUGCCGUGCCAGUACCGAUCGUUAAACAGGUCGGUGUCCCCGUGCCCCAGCCCUACCCCGUGCAUGUGCCCAGGCCAGUGGCAGUGCCAGUGGCUCAGCCUGUCGCAGUACCAGUCGUCAAAACUAUAAUUGGUAACUCAAUCGGCUCCGGCUAUGGCUCUGGAUACGGCGCUGGAAUUGGCGCUGGAAUCAGCUCAGGAUAUUAUGGAGGUGGAAUCCACGACGGUUACCAUGGGCAUCUCCACUCCAAAAUUUGG